AUUCACCACACAAACCUCAGCUGCUGUCAAAUUUAUAAUAUAACGACAUUUUCGGACGCUAGAUUGUUUGUUAGGAGAUAAUUUAGAACAAAAAAUAGUCGAAUUUAAUAGAAACAAUUGAAUUAAUUCUCGGAAGCCGGGCAUUUCAUUCCUGUAAACUGAAGUGGACAGGAAAUUAGCGAAAAUGUCUACUGACAUCAACCUUUCGAUCGUAGCUGCUCACGAUGAUUUACGUAGGUGUACCUACGUUUUGACGGACGGGACAGCCGAAACGGAAUUUUUGGAAUUUGCACGUCAACAAGAGCAUUGCCGUCUCCAAUGGUUGAAUUCAUAUAAGGAAUCGCGCCGCUUACAGAAAGAAUUGGAUGCAUCAAUGAAAACUAUUAGCGAAUUGGAAACGAAAUUGUACCAUGCUCGUCGAAUUUUGGAUCAGGAAUGCAAAGCACGUCGAGAAGCGGAGGAAGAACGAGAUUCAAUUGAGAAGAAGAUGUGCACCAUUCGUGAAUUCCUGCAGAAUGACGAGAAUUUGAAGGAGGAAACUCGAAACCAAUUGGCAUUCUUGAACACUUGCCAAAAGAAGCGCAAAUCAAAAUUGAGUGCCGACAAGUAUGGCAACGAUAUCAAUUCGACGGGAUCGUUCCUACACAAUCUGUCCAUAACUCGAUCGGAAAAUGAUUUCUUGGAGAUUGACAAACCGUUCAAGGCACAUCGCAAAUCGAACGUUAACGGUUCCUUCGUUGGAGCCAAACGUUCACGCCAUAGUACCGAUGGCAAACGUAAGAGUAGUACAUAUCAAUUAGAAUUGGGUCCAAAUGAAAAGAUUGUUGCACAUACCAAAGUAACAAUUCCCCAGGAUGAUGGACCCAUUCAUGCCGAGUCGUCCAUUCAAGCGGUUCCGCUCAACGAAAACAAUAAUUGUUAUUCGCCAUCAGCUCCGGCUUUGGUUGAAGAAGUGACUCCAAAAACCGUCACAAAGGCUUCGUACAGAAGCACGGCUAGAAGUCACAAUUACACCAGCAAGACUUUCAUUCGACCGGACACAUGCAACCAUUGCCAGAAAAAGAUAAAAUUCGGAACGUCCGGAUUGAGAUGUCGCAAUUGUCGGGUUCAACUGCACAUAAAUUGUGAAACUGAUUUUAAUGUUGCUUGUGUACCGCACAGCGCUGGGACACCGAAUGCAAAAGGAAUAGCUGGUACUAUCGGAGAUUACGCACCGAGCGAUCCACCGAUGGUCCCGGCGAUUAUUGUACAUUGUAUCAAUGAGAUUGAGAAGCGUGGCCUAAAUGAAGUCGGAAUCUAUCGAGUCUCUGGAUCGGAGAGAGAAAUCAAAUCAUUAAAAGAGCGUUUCAUUCGGGGCAAAAGUCUUCCGAAUUUGUCCGAAACGGACAUCCAUGUAUUAUGCGGAUGCAUCAAAGAUUUCCUGCGUGGUCUUCGCGAACCACUGAUUCCGACCCUUCUGUGGAAGGACUUCUGCAACGCCACCCAAAAUACAUCGUUCCACGAUGCAGUUCGUGACAUGUAUGCAGCCAUUGACAAGUUGCCACAACCGAAUCGGGAUACGUUAGCUUUCAUCCUAUUGCAUUUCUUGCGUGUUGCCGAAUGUAAACAAGUUAAGAUGCCGCCGUCAAACAUUGCGAAAAUAUUCGGACCAACUCUAGUCGGAUAUUCUAGCAGUGAUCCGGAUCAGCAUGCCAUUUUCACCGAAACGAUUAUCCAAGCGGGUGUAAUGGAAAUGUUGUUGAAAGUCCCAGCCGACUUUUGGGAGCAGUUUGUUAAUAUAAAAUCGGACGAAAAUCAGAGCGAAAAAAAUGAAAAUCGUGAAGAAUUCGAAAUUGCUCCACGCUAUCCACUGCGAAAGCAACCAUUUUAUGCAACAUCACCACUUUCAACAAUGCGCAAGAAAUAAAACGGCAUUAUCAUUACAUAGAGUGUUCGAACGAAAACAAACAGAAAUUUAUUCUACAAAUCGAUGUCACAACGGCUAAUUUUUACAAAUGAAACAUUUCGUCUUUCGCUUUUUUAUAUUUUACAUUUCGCUUCUUCUUAUUCUUCUAAGUACUUACUUUCAAUUAGAUGUAAAUUGAAAAAUUCUAAUUUAAAAAAAAAGUAUGGAAACGAUGGUUUGAUUACCUCGAUUUGUUGUAAAUUGUUACGUCAGCACCAUGAUGAAUAUUAAUAUCACCACCACUAAGACGACCCAAAAUAUUAUCCAGAAUUUUUUCUAAAAAAUUUGUUUUUACUUUAUAUAAAGAGAAUAUUUUGAUGGUCAGUCACUGGUUACAAUUUUUUUUUAAUUUAUAGAAUAAACAAAAUGCAAGUA